AUGGUUACGCAGCUAGCGACGGCGGCCACAUGUACUCCAGCACACCCGCAGGGAGCAUCACAAGGGCGGCCAGCCCGCGCCGGCUUCCUGGAGCGGCUGGGCGAGACGUCGGGCGGCAUGCUGGUGGGGCUGGCCACCUUCCUGCUGUCCUUCUACGUCAUCUUCACCAACGAGGGCCGCGCGCUGAAGACGGCCACCUCGCUGGCGGAAGGGCUGUCGCUCGUCGUGUCCCCCGACAGCAUCCACGCCGUGGCCCCCGAGAACGAGGGCCGGCUGGUGCACCUGGUCGGCGCGCUGCGCACCUCCAAGCUCCUGUCGGACCGAACUAACGGCGUGCAACUGCCGGCGUGA